AUGGCCACAACCCUGAACGAUUCGCCUAAAUAUCGUAAUAGUUUAAUCUGCUGCAGCCCCAGGAGUGUGGAUGUGACUUCCAGAUCCUCGUCUUCCACGUCAGGAUGCGUCUCCGCGGAUGAGAGUUACGAUUCAAACUACAUUCCGAAGUCCAUAGCAAAUAAGAAACUCAAAAUACACAGCUCAGCUACGAAAGAGGAAGUAGAGAAAGCUAUCAACCAAUGUAAAGAGCUAGUUUUAAAUAGUCCACAGUGUUCUGAUGAACGUAAAUGGCUCGUGCGUUAUUUAGUGGAAUUGAGACUUCGUUUAGAAGAUUUGAAGGACAAUGACGGUCAGCUAAGGUCUCGCGUGGCGAUUAAGGGUCAUCACUUCGAACAACAGACAACUACUAGCAAUCGUAAACAAUACUGUGAUCAUUGCAGCGGUGUUAUAUGGAGUAUCGUUCAAAGUUCUUACAUUUGCAAAGACUGUGGAUACAUUUGUCAUUAUAAAUGUGUCGACGACAUAUGUAGAGUGUGUGCACAUGUUGUUAUGACAGAGAAGGGACAGUUCGAGAUGAAUAUAUGUCCAGAGAAGGGUUUAGCUGCUCAGGAAUACAAAUGUGCGGAAUGCAGCACACCUUUAACAUUCAAAGACUCGUGGAAUGAGCCUCGUCUGUGUGAUUACACUGGAAUGUAUUUCUGUGGAACCUGCCAUUGGAAUGAUCUAUCCCCGAUACCAGCUAGGGUUGUCCACAAUUGGGAUUGGGAGAAGAGAUACAUAUCGAGACUUGCUUACCAGAUGCUAACACUAUCUUGGUCUCGGCCCUACAUCGAUGUAGAGAAUGUUAAUUCCAAACUAUUCAGCUUCAUCGCUGAACUGGAAUGGGUGCAUAAGAUGCGGAAAGAUUUAGAAUGGAUGAAACGUUACUUGUGUGCUUGUAGUGAAGGAUCGAAUCUGUUAUCACCGUUAUUUGUUCAGCUCGGUGACGUCAAUAAGAAAUACAGCAUGUCACACUUACAAGCCAUCAACGAUGGCAGCCUUGAAACACAAUUGACCGAACUAACUGAAGUAUGCAGAUUACACAUCACUAACUGUUCAUUAUGUUCGGGCAAAGGCUAUUUAUGUGAGGUCUGCGGUAACAAUGAGGUUUUAUAUCCGUUCGACAGCGGGGCAAUAAUGUGUGAAAAAUGCAAUUCAAUGUACCAUAGAGGUUGCUGGCUGAGGAAGGGACAGAAUUGUUUGAAAUGCUUGAGAUUGGGAGAAAGAAAGAAAAAUAUUAACACAACAGAUGAUGUAGAUACUAAUUUAGAAUAUGAUAUCGAUAAAUUUGUUAAAUAA